CUGCUUUGAUAACUAAAUUUACAAGUUUAAUAUAUACAAAAUCCUAAAAAAAAUCACGUAAUGUCCCUCUAUUUCACACUUCAUAAAUUAUAUAUUUAACAAUCUAUUACACAAUGGCGAUUUAGGAGUCACUCAAUGCUUCCAAAUUCGAUGUGCGAUGGAUAUAACCUAUGAAAUAUUGUUUGAUCAGACUAUGUAAUGUUUCUAGAGAUAACUUAUAAUGACUACGUUAGAAAAUAGAGGUUCCCAGUGUACAGAAUAUGCUAACCCCGUGUCGGAGACACCGUCGAAUGAGUCCCAACAAAGACAUUGUUGGGUCUGUUUUGCUACCGAAGAGGAUGAUGCAAACGCAAACUGGGUACAGCCUUGCCAUUGUAAAGGAACAUCAAAAUGGGUGCAUCAAUCUUGUUUACAACGAUGGGUAGAUGAAAAACAAAAAGACAACAGCUUUGGCAGAGUACAUUGCCCACAAUGCCAAACAGAGUACAUAAUAGUUUUUCCUCCAGUUGGCAUGAUUGUACUUAUUCUGGACGGAAUAGAAAUGUUGACAAAGAAGUUGAGUCCAUUUCUAGCUGCAGGCAUUGUUGUUGGAUCAGUUUACUGGACUGCUGUGACAUACGGAGCCAUCACGGUGAUGCAGGUAGUAGGACACAAAGAAGGAAUGGCUUUGAUGGAAUUGCAAGAUCCGUUGGUUUUAUUGGUCGGUUUACCAGCUAUUCCAAUUGGUUUAGUUUUAGGUAAAAUGCUCAGGUGGGAAGAUUCUGUAUUAACCUUUAUAAGACGUAAAAGACAUAUUGUGAGAAAAAUUCCCCUGCUUAGAAAUAUCCUGCCAACGGAAUCAGAUUCAGUAGUGAAUCUUGCUGAAAGUGACAUUCCACCCUUAUCAGACCCUGUCUCUGCUACUAGAGUCCUGUGUGGGGCACUAGUUCUACCAACAAUAGCUGUCUUGGUUGGCAGAGUUUUAUUUGAAUCAAUUGAAAGCAAUUUCCAACGCACACUACUCGGUGGAGUAGCUUUUAUAGCUUUUAAAGGAGUGUUGAAAAUAUUUCAUAGACAACAAUUAAUUGUACGAAAGAGCAAACGUAAAAUUAUGGACUACACAGAUGAAAAUAUUGCACAGUUUGGAAACAGAAGUCAAUAUGGGGGACUCAGUGCUAAUAACUCGAGUGAAAUGCUUUAAGGGAUAACGAUAAUAGAUUUAUUUGAAUUGCACUGAUAGGAAUAGAUAUACAAAUGAAUAUGCUAUAUUGUUAUGAGAUGGCUUGUAUUUUAUAAAUAUUUUUUCUAAAUCCAUUGUUAAUAGAUUAGUUAAAGAAACUCAUUCGACACUAUCUAUAUCUAUAUA